AUGGCUGGACAAGAUUGGUUAACGUCUUUUCUAAAGCGCUAUCCCCGUAUGUCGAUUCAGAUACCACAAGCAACAAGCCUCGCACGAGCUACAAGUUUCAACCGCACCACAGUCGCAAACUAUUUUUCGCUUUACAAGGCCACCCUCGAUAAGCGGAAAAUUGAACCUUUCGAAAUAUAUGACAUGGGCGAGACUGGCUUUACCACUGACCAAACUCCGGAUCGAAUUGUCAGUCGUCUAGGCUCGAAACAAAUCGGGCGAAUUACAUCAGCUGAACGUGGAACACUGGCCACACUGGAACUAGCUGUUUCGGCACAAGGCAAUGUUGUUCCGCCAUUUUUCGUAUUUCCUCGUAAAAAGUUCAAAGCCCACUUUUUGAAUGGAGCCCUAAUUGGAAGCGCUGGUGCAGACAAUCCGAGCGGAUGGAUGACGGCUGAAAUUUUUGUCGAAUAUCUCCAGCAUUUUCAACGCCACGUAAAUGCAUCAGCUCAGAAUCCAGUCCUUUUUCUGCUAGACAACCACGAGUCACAUCUUUGCAUCGCUGGGCUCGAGUUUUGCGAGUGA